GAACCUAUGUGCUGAUUGGUGGCUGUGCAUAUAUGCCUAUCGUCAUUGGCUCCCCCAAUGUUUUCAUCGAGUUUACAGUAGUGAAUUGCUGCUCCUUAAACAAAGGAUACAAAGAGAAAGAAGCACAUUUGAUAAUACAUGUUCCUUGGCAAAGUUAUCAGUUUUGUUCUGCUGAUGCCGCCUUUGGUUUUCUCAAGAGACCUUUAUCUAACUUCCAAUGGCGGGAUUUGCACGUCACCAUGUUCCCGAGAAGACACUGACUAUUUCUGGUGCUGGCAGGAAGGCUAUUCGGAUGACAAAUGGGACUACUGUUCUCCGCGUGAAGAUUAUGAUAACUAUAACUCACCAUGUGUAACACCUUGUAGAACCUAUGGAUACAGCUAUAGGUGGUGCAAAAGACCACAAGGGAGCUGGAGAUACUGCGGACAUAUUACAGAAGAGUUUGAGAAACGAAAUACAAGAUAUGGGAAACAGUGUGUGAGUAACUGUGAUAUUAAUAAAAAAGAGGAGUAUUUUCAAUGUUAUGAUGUAAACAAUGACUAUGAGUAUUGCUCUCCAUCUAAUUAUGUGACCAUAAAAGGAGAACCAUGUCGUCUAGACCACCUUUGUGAUUUCUAUGAAAAUAAGUACAGCUGGUGUUACACAGAUGAAAAGAAUAACUGGGAUUACUGUGGGAAAAUAAGCAGUGAAUGUGAAAAACCUAUUCAUUUGUCCAAUCGAAGAAAACGCCAGCCUGAAGAAGAGCUUUGUAGAGUAGUGGAUAGUGGAAAUAGACGUGUUACAAUUCUUGUAGCAGUUCGAGAAACCAGACUCUUAAGACCUAAUCCAAAUCAUUUUACAGACGCAUCCCAUGUUAUUAAUAUGGUAAACUCAGAUACUACUUUUUCAACCAACCCUGGUACAAUGUUUAAUUACAAUACUGUAAGACUUGAUAUGCAAGGAACCUUUGAGCAUGAGGGUAUUAGGUAUUUUAACAUACAAGUACAAUUAAAUGUCCGACGACAAGACCACACACAGCUAACAAGUAUUGCCCAAGCACUUUUUCCUCUGAAUUUAGAAGUCACUCGAUACUUCCGAUACAUACGAAGAGCUCUACAGACAAGUAUGCGUGGUGUCUACCAUGGUGAUCCAGUAAAAGUUUUUAUAAACAUAAGAAAUUUAUAAAAAAUAUGAAUUUUUAAUAUUUCCAGCCAUUGCAAUGUCCAUUGAGAAAUGAACAAUAAACCUGAAUUUAUUUUAGCACCCUAUUUUUUGCAUUAGAGAAAUCGAUUAUCCACAUGUGAUAUGUCUGCACAAAAUGAUUAUGUUAUCUAAAUAAUGAUUAUACAGAUUUUAAUAAACUUAUAUCCUUGUA